CGCACGCCCCGCUAGCCAUGGGCAGCCGCGACCACCUGUUCAAAGUUCUGGUGGUGGGGGACGCCGCAGUGGGCAAGACGUCGCUGGUGCAGCGAUAUUCCCAGGACAGCUUCAGCAAACACUACAAGUCCACGGUGGGAGGCGCACUGUGAACUCAAGUCUCCAGCCUUUCAGCUGUCGGGCAUCUCUCCAAUCAGCAGAAGCAGCUGAGAUCCUCUGGGGGCCUCCUGGUUAGGUGCCGGCUGGGGCUGUAGUUCUGCCCCUCUGUUGAGGAAGGAACCGCAAGGUGUUUAACCUGGCUUCAGUGGGAGAACGCAGGAAGCGGAACUGGUCUGAAGGACUCUAGCUUUGUUGUGGGGCUGGAAGACACAAAAUCCCCAAACGAGCCCCUUGGCUACGCAGUCAGAUGCCCAUGAAGGCUGAUGAGCUGUGUUUUUGUCCGUUGAUUGCUUAAAUAAAAGUAACCAAGGAAUUCUUCGAAGAAUGUGAAAUAUACCACUUCUCUGACCUAUCUUCCCACCACUUUUUUCCUCAAACUGAAGAAGUGGAUUUUGCUCUGAAGGUUCUCCAGUGGUCUGACUCCGAGAUAGUGCGACUUCAGCUGUGGGAUAUUGCAGGGCAGGAGCGCUUCACCUCUAUGACACGACUGUAUUAUCGGGAUGCCUCUGCCUGUGUUAUUAUGUUUGACGUUACCAAUGCCACUACCUUCAGCAACAGCCAGAGGUGGAAACAGGACCUAGACAGCAAGCUCACACUACCCAAUGGAGAGCUGGUGCCCUGCCUGCUCUUGGCCAACAAGUGUGAUCUAUCCCCUUGGGCAGUGAGCCGGGACCAGAUUGACCGUUUCAGUAAAGAGAAUGGUUUCACAGGUUGGACAGAAACAUCAGUCAAGGAGAACAAAAAUAUUAAUGAGGCUAUGAGAGUCCUCAUUGAAAAGAUGAUGAGAAAUUCCAGAGAAGAUAUCAUGUCUUUGUCCACCCAAGGGGACUACAUCAAUCUACAAACCAAGUCCUCCAGCUGGUCCUGCUGCUAGUAGUGUUUGGCUUGUUUUCCAUCCCAGUUCUGGGAGGUCUUUUAAGUCUCUUCCCUUUGGUUUUCCACCUGACAGUUUUAAGUACAUUAUAAUUGUCUCCUGACUACUGUCCAGUAAGGAGGCCCAUUGUCACUUAGAAAAGACACCUGGGACCUGUGUGCAUUUCUACAUCUCCUGGAUUAGCCUUUGACGUGUUGCUGGCUCAUGUUAGUGCCAGUUAGUGCCUUCUGUGUAAGAUCAUCUCAUCAGCCCUCGAUUUGUGAUUCAGAAUUUUGUGAGAAGGAUUAGAAAUCAGCACCUGCGUUUUAGAGAUGAUUCUCACCUACUUUUGAGCUUAUUUUUCCAUUUGAUAUUCAUUGAUAUCAUGACCUCCAAUUGAGAGGAAAAUGAGAUCAAAUGUCAUUCCCCAAAUUUCUUGUGGGCCAUUGUUUCAGAUUCUUUCUGUCUUGGAAUGUAAACAUCUGAUUCUGGAAUGCAGAAGGAGGGGGUCUGGACAUCUAUGGAUUUUUGGCUAUUAGAAGUGACCCAGAAGUCACUGUAUUUUUGAAACUUCUAAAGUCAUAAUUAAGUUUCUCUUGUCUUGGCAUCAAGAAUAGUCAAGUUUUUUGGCUGGACAUAGUGGCUCAUGCCUGUAAUCCUAGCAUUUGGGGAGGCCAAGACAGACAGAUCACUUGAGGCCAGGAGUUCGAGACCAGCCUGGCCAGCAUGGCAAAACCCCAUCUCUACUAAAAGUACAAAAAUUAGCUGGGCGUGAUGGCACGUGUCUGUAAUCCCUGUAGCUACUCUGGAGACUGAGGUGGGAGAAUCGUUUGAGACUGGGAGACAGAGGUUGCAGUGAACCGAGAUCAUGCCACUGCACUUCAGCCUGGGUGACAGAGCAAGACUCCAUCUCAAAAAAAAAAAAAAAAAGUCAUUUUUAAACUACCUAUUUCAUGCAAUGAGAGCAUUUUCUUCCACAAAGAGCUUAAUCCUCAUGAUAGGGUUGUCUAGUGUCUCUGAUUUGCAGGUUUCUGGGUUGAUGUCUUAAUGCAUAAUACUGCAAGUGACAUCAGUUGGCUGUGAUGCUUCGAAAUAGGUCUGCUCCUCACAGCUUUGGGAAUCUAAAUGGAAGAAGAAAAGGGAGAAGUUAACAGCCUCCACUGGGGCAAGUUUGUGAGCACAUAGGCACUUAGUCAUAGGAAACAUAUUACAUGCAGGCCCUAGCCUGGGGGAGGAAAGUGGAUAGACAGAAAAUCAUUAGGUAAUUUAAGUACUAAAUUGGGCAGGGCUUUUUAGUAUCAAAUCACUACUAGACUGUUUAAUUUGUUAAAUUCUCUCUAGGAUGGUGGCUUAUAACCUAACCAAAGUUAUCAAUAUUCUUGGUAAACUCAGAGGCCUAAAGUUCUUUGAUAGACCUGAAAUAAGUGUGCUAAGCAGUGGUUCCCAAGUCUGGCUGAUCAGGAAUACCUGGGAAGUUUGUUAAAAUUUGUUUAAAUGUUUUAAGAUUUUUGGGUCCUGAGCCACAUGUGGCAGCUCACGCCUGUAAUCUCAGCACUUUGGGAGGCUGAGGCAGGCGGAUUGCCUGAGGUCAGGAGUUCAAGACCAACCUGGCCAACAUACUGAAACCCCAUCUCUACUAAAAAUGCAAAAAAUUAGCUGGGCAUGGUGGCGGGCGCCUGUAAUCCCAGCUACUUGGGUGGCUGAGGCAGGAGAAUUGCUUGAACCCGGGAGGUAGAGGUUGCAGUGAGCUGAGAUUACACCAUUACACUCCAGCCUGGGCAACAAGAGUGAAACUCCAUCUCAAAAAAAAAAAAAAAAAAAAAAAAAGAUUUUUGGGUCCCAACCUCAAACCUACUGAAUCAGAAUUUCUAGGGAUGAAGCCUAGGAAUGUGUUGUUUUCAGAGCUUCCCUGGUGAUUGUGAUUAGCCUUGUUUGAAAACCAUUCCUGGAGAACUUGGUAAAGAUACAGAGACCCAGGCCUUUUGUAUUUAUAUUUAAAUACAAAUCCUGGGUUUCUAUAUGUUCUGUUAGCUUUUCGGGUGAUUCUGCUACACGGACGUCGAAAACCACUGCCCUAAGAGAUCAGAGGCCACAUAUCAGAGAGAGAAAAAGGGCCAAACCCUUUGGUGGUUUGUGGUGUGUUUUUUGAAUGCCAAUUAUUUUAACUUGCACAGUCUUCUGAAACCUUGUAUUAAUAGUUCUCUUUUGUAUUACCAUUUUCAGGUAGCAUUUUGAUUACUAUGAUUCUGAAGAUAAUAGUGGAGUAGCAAAUUUCAUUGAUAUGAAGAAAUCAUUGAUUUUCAUUCAUUGAUUUGAACACCUGCAAAAUCACAAAUAAAUGAGAACUAAGUCUUGUAUUCAUGGUAGUUAUUGGCCUUUAAUGUGAGUUUGUCAAAGUGCUGUUUUAUACUGAUAGCUCAAGAGGAUUGCAGAAAUGGAGACUUUAUUUUUUAAAUACCUGUUUAUUUGUUAAAUACCUUUUCGUUUUUUAAAUUUUUGAUUCAAGGGGUACGUGUGCAAGUUUGUUACAUGGAUAUAUUGUGUGAUGCUAAAGCUUGGGUUUCUGCUUAGCCUGUCUCCCAAGUAGUGAACAUAGCAUCCAGUAGGCAGUUUUUCAACUCUUUUGGGAGUUCUCUCUCCCUACUUUUGGGAGUCCCCAGUGUCUGUUGUUCUCAUCUUUAUGUGUGUGUCCAAUGUUUACCUCCCACUUACAAGUGAGAAAUGCGGUUAAAUACCUUCUUUUAAAAUGAAGGUAAAUAUUAUUCUGUUUACCUGUUAACUUACUAAUAUCAAUUGCUUAGAUCCAUCUGCCUGGUACCAAUUCAGUACUUGAUGUAACAUGCCAAAUACUGCUUGGAAAUGUGACCUUGUUGAAAAACUGAAUUUGCUUUCUUUUCCCAUUUGCUGACUCAGGAUUUACCUGCCUUUUCAAGCAUUGCUAGAGGCUGGCCAGUCAGCCAGCCCUUCUGGAUAUUCUCUCCCAACUGGUGAACAUUACAGGCCUGAAACUAAUUAAAGAAGGAACUGAAAUA